AUGCCGCCCCCGCUCCCCGGGACUCGGUUGAGCCUCACAAAUGCAACACCUACCAGGCUCUCAAAGCGACUGAGCCGCGCCUCUAGCAUCAGGUCCAUUCAAUUCAACUCAGAGCCGGGCAGUCGGGUUACAUCUCCCAAUUCCAAGGCUCGCCUGAAGCUUUUCAAUUCAGCGCCCGUGGAGAAGGCGGAGGAGCCAACCCAACCGGCCUCCGACAGCAGCAUCACCUUCUUCGAGCAGGGCGCGGAGAGCACAGAGUUUGGGUUCUCCCUGCCUGGGCAGUCAGGGACGAUGAGGCACACUGUGGGAGCCGGAGAUCGGAACUCAGUGGGCACCGAAGACAGUCUUGCGUUUCAAAUCGAGGACGACAGCAACUUGAUGCAGAACCACAGCAUUCCGGUCAGGCGUGAUGGCCGCUCUGCCGCGGUCGCAGAGAGCGGCGGGGGUGACUUGGGGGAUAACGAGAGCAUCUCCUUCAUGGUCGACGACGACGUGGAUGACGAGGACCAGCAAGAGCAGGGAACCCUUUCGCGCCCUGCGAAGCGGGAUAUCGAGAAGCCAAAUGCGUCGCCGUUGCAGCGCUCUCACUUGGCGCAUGGUUGCCCAUCACCGCGGCUGCCGAACGCAGGCAUUCGCGCUGACACGGCGAACACACGCAACGAGAGCACUGUGGAUCUCACCGACGCACUGCCUUGCGACGGAGGGAAGCAGGCGCCCGUUGCACACAAACGAUCGGCUUCGAGAAGCCUAACUCCUACAUCGUCGCUAAUUCCGGAUGGCCUCACCCGAAGCCCCAACGCGGCACUGGAGAAAACGGCGGGCAUUGAUGGUUUGGACACCGCUGGCGAGGCUGGCAUGGCAGCAGUACCUUCAUCGGCGAGCUCGCGGCUGACGAAGAAAGCGAUUGUGAUGAAGCGCCUCCAGCAGCAAAAGCAUCACUCGCGUCUGCCCCAACCGCGCAAGGGUGCCGCCACACACGUCCUCGGAGACGCAGAACGGCUUCCCCUACGCAGGGCUACGCACCCGCCGCUGUAUCAACCGGCAGCGGUCUCUACCCCUCUCGAUGCACAGGCUGUUGAGGCGCCGUCUGUAUCGCUGGCUGGCGGCUCGAAGAAGGACCGCUCUACCUCCCUGAGCAGCCGCAGCUCGUCAAGGGGGAAAGGCGCUCAAGCACUCUUGCUCCUUCAUCCCCCACACCCGGAGAGGCAACAUCACCAGAUAUGUCGUUCAAAGGAGUCUGUGACGAGCCAGGCAACCGGUGAGUCGCCAAACCAGCAACUUGUCACUGAGAAGGGCAGUAACGGGUCCACAGAUCCACCACCCACGCCUCUCCUCACGGGACAUCGAAGUCCCACUUCAAGGGAGGUCGCCUCCGCCGCUGCCUCAGGGCUGCAGUCGAGCAAAGUGGCUUUUCCGCCCCCUCCAGGGCAAGGCCCCCCAAAAAACAUUCUUCAGGGAUAUCUCGCCAACCAAGAGGUAGAGGAUCAGUAUUACCGACACUACCAGCACCUCAACAGCAACGCGCACCCCCUCUUGGCUGGCGACCGCGCGAACCCUGCAAUGCACAACGAACGCUCUGUGCAUCAACAGAUGUACGCGCUUGAGGAGUGGGGCGAGCCUGUUGCCGGCACUUUCGGAGAGGCGGAGCAGUGGCGGCAGUUUAAUGAUCGGCAACGCGCAGAACUGCUCGAGCUGCGCAAGCGUAUCGCCAUUGCCCGUCGUCAGGAUUGUACGUUGCUUGAGAGCUCACCGUCCUGGGAGACUGAGGCUCUCAUGCCCACCCCCAAAAGUCGUUGCCUCGUGCCGCAGCAAACCCCGAUGAGAGGCAGGUACAGCAGCAUGGGACCGCGAUCACAAGUAGCACACCGCCAACCUGCGGUGCAUGGCAAAGAGGUGAAGAGCGGCGGUGAGCAAAGCGGACCGUCUAUAGGGGCAUAUGGGACGCCACUCCAUACAGGCCGCCCUGGACGUGGUCAGACAUCCGUCAAAGUUGCCUACGCACCCACCACUUUGGCUAAGCCGUCGCCCUGUCUGCCUCGUUGGCCUGGGCCUACUAUGUCGCCUCCUAGUCCUGACCCAUGCGCCACGUCCGCUACGUAUAAAGCCUCUCCUGACCGCAUUAUGCAGUCGGCGGCAGCAGCCUCUGUUGCCGACCUCUUGGGCAUUCUCUGGCCUCCCCGUACCUCUGCUACAAAGCCCUCACGGCACCCCUCUCAGGCGAUUGACGCUUUCUUAUGUGAAAACGACAUUCCGGCACUGAACCUGUACUUCUCGAAUGGAUCUCGGCUUACCCCAGAACAAGUGGUGCGCUUCCUCGACCUCGUUCGCGUGCAGCUGAGCAUGGAGUUUCACACGACUACAGCGUCCCAAUCUCGAAUGAGCCCGGUGGGGACGGCGGGGACCCCCUCUCCCGCCAGGAUUCGUCAGCAAGCAGUGCCUUCCUGCUUCGCUGCGUUUGCAAAGAGUGCCGACCAUAUCGCGUACGUCGACCCGGAAGAGCAUUACGCUUUUAGACGCUUAAUUCCUCACUCAUCAUCGCUGACUCGCAAUGGCCGCGCAGCCCCGCUUUCCGCGAAGCUUGCCGCACUGCUCCCCAAGAAGGCAGUUCGCCGCAGCCGGGUGCUGCGGGAGGUGUUUGACGCUAUGGAUCUCAAGCGGCAAGGCAAGAUUCUGCUGGAUCUUCUUCCGUCGCUGGCUCGCUUGUUCGAAGUCGAGCUUACCACGAUCGAGCAUGCCCGUGAAUCAAUUCUUCGAGGUAAUGCAGUGCCUCUGCAAUCGUUGUUAGAAUCCGCCGUGGAAAGCCGACAUCAGUGCGCCGUCUCGUGGAAUGGGGCACGUGGAAGUGUUGCUGCUGGUGCUCAGAGGGACCUUGAUGCCGUUGCGGGUGGUCCUCCCGAUUACGCCGGGCUCCCCCGGGACAUGCGAGUGAAUAUAAAGUACCUCACGCACCGUCUGCUGCUCUUGUCGUUUGCGUUGAAUGUCGUCAUCCCAAUUGUUUCGGCCAGCCGCAUUCCGCUGCUCGACUUCUCCGCGUUCUGCAUGAUUGUCUACGCCGCUGUCGACAACGUCGAUCAUCCCACGGGCUCCCCGCAGGAGGAGUGGCGGCAGGUGGUGCAGCAGUACUUUAUUGCGCUGGCUGCGUGA